AUGAAGUCUUUGAGUGUGUUGGAGGAAAUCUGGCGGACCUAUGAGAUGACUGAUACUGUGAUCGUAUGUUGUGAUGGAACGGUUAAAUCACAUCGCGCUAUUCUUUCCGCCGCUUCGCCUUGCUUGAAAGAAGCUAUGCUGGAUUUAGCAGAAGACGGCGAAGACAUCCACAUAUUCCUCCCGGAAUCUAACGUGCAAGAUGUGAUUUCUAUGUUGUCGUUGAUUUACCUCGGCCUGUCGUGCGUUUCUCUCGAGUCCCAGCGGGGUGUGAUCGAAGCGUCGACGGCGUUGGGUCUUAACUUGAGCUGGUACGAAGAAUAUUCAUAUGAUGAUGGCUCUACUGCUGCUGAUGCUGUACCGUGUGAUCCAUCAGUGCUGGACUUUCCACUCCCUCAGCUAACCGACGAUCUUUUCCCAGCGACGAACGUCAUCAAGGAACGUGACGCACCCAAACGGAGUUCCAAGUCUAGUCACAGUUGCGCAACCUGUGGGAAGAUGUUCAAAACUGCUGGUUUGCUGGAGCGACAUGAAAGGAUUCAUUCCGGUUUGCGUCCCUUCGAAUGCGGAAUUUGCGGGAUGCGGUUCGUUCGUUCGCAUCACCUGCUGGACCACGAAAGGCGGCAUAGUAGCGACGCCAAGACGUUCCGCUGCCCCGAGUGCGCGAAAACCUUUUCUCGUCGCGCGUCUCUCGAUGUGCACCUUCGAACGACUCAUUCCAAUCAAAAGAGUUUCAAAUGCGAGCUGUGCGGAAAGGCGUUCGGGCGGAAUGACGUGUUGACUAGACACAAGAUGCUGAAGCACCGCGGCGAAGGUUUGCCUGCGAAAAGCGAUCCUGCGGCCCAAUUGCCCGUACCUGCUGUUGCGGUGUCCGCGGCGGGUUUGACUGAGCCGUACAACUACUUUGAGGACAUAUCUGUGUCCAGUGUGAUGACUUCAUAUGAAAACUGGGAGACUGACUUCGUUUUGACUGCUGACAGCAAUCUGGGCUUCCACUAAAGCUAAUAGAUUUCACUACCAAAUUUGAUUGUUUUAACUGGGACGCCCAAUUUCUCUGACUCAUUGACUUCCUUGAUCGUUGCUUAGGUGUAGCUCGAACCUUCUUUUUUUUAUUCAUUUUUCCAAAUUAGAUAAGUUUUAUUGGAGUGUAUCAAAAGUCACCGUGCUGUGGCAUAUAUUUUAUUCAUCUUUUCCAGACGAAGAAAAUUCCAAGUGCUUACCAUGUUUCGGUUUCUCCUGCAGAAAAUACCACGCGUGAGGUAUGUAAACAAUGAUGGUGAUUAUCGAACACAAUUGGUGGGUUUCGGCAGUGUGAUUUUGUUCAUGUGAUCCGUAAUUGUGUUUUUCAGCUCCUCCAGAGAGACGUUGUAAUUGUUAUUUUUCGCGAGUUACUUGGAAGCACUACCUUUGAUGUUAAUAAUAAUUUCGAUUAUGUAAUAUAAAAUAAUAAUAUCGAUUACGUAAGGUCUGUAAAUUUCGAAAAUAUUGUCAAUAUUCGAGCAUUUCCUGCAAGAUGAACCCACAAUAUUGCCUGUAAAGUUCUCUUUUAUUCCACUUCAAAUAUAUUCCUUUGCAAUUUGCACGGUUACUUCUUUGGCACACUGUAUUAGGGUGUUUUGGGUUAAGUUGAUCUGUUUGAUUUUCCAGAAUGCUGAAUUGCGUGUUGGUUAUGAGAACACUUUCUUCUUACAGUCUUCUCUGUUGACCUUUUCCCCAAGAUUUUUUGUUCUGAUUUGCGCCGAAAGGAAUACAACGGGGCGCGUCGAUUCUAAGUUUUCGACAAGAAAGUGCGUUCACAUCUUACAGCAAGAAGUUCGGCAUUAUUUUUGUUCAGCUUUCUCGAAGUACAGUUGGAUCUCGUUACAACGAAUAACUCAUAACGAAUUUCAGGCCCCUGCAAUGCAGCCACAAUGUUAUUUUACUCUCUGCUCGAAGAAUUUUUCAGAUCCAAUGGGAAUUGCUGUGACAAGAUUUUUUACUAGUUGCACUGUCAAGGAUCAUGUGAUGAUGAAUCCCAGAAUGUCUUGAUAAGAAUUGAGUGUUCGUCUACUCAAUUUAAAACCGUGAACCGCUUUUGUCUGCUAUGGAGUGACUUUGGUGCUCCCUUUUUUCUUACGUAUUGAAUUUUUCGAGAAGACAGAAAUAUCGUAUGCCGAGUCUAAGUCGAAUUCAUAUGUGAUUAUUUUUAUGUCGUUCUUGAAUGUUGGAAAACAUUGAGAUUUGGGCUGGUAUGAUUUCUGUAAGCGUGUAGAUCAGUGUGAACAUUGCGAAGAUUCGUCUUCUAGUUCUGUUGUUUCACAACGAUUGUUCAUGAAAGAAAUAAUUCAAACAGUUUUUUUUUCGCAGACGAAUUUUGCAUAAACGAAAU